AUGUCUGAAGACCCCAGUAGUGAUGGAGGAUGGCGUGACUCCACAAAAUACCAGGAAUAUCUUGUACACUCAGAGUCCAAAUGUUGGGAGUGUGGGAAAACGAUCCGUGACUUAAACCUCUUGAUGUUACAUUAUAAAAGCCACGAUAUUCAAGCCACCUGCCACGUCUGCGAAAUUACUUUCCGUCGCCUGACUUCGCUGUCCACACACCUGGAGAACGCUCAUAUGCCACCCUUCUGCAUCCUAUGCCGCCAGUACUUUAACGACGUGUGGGACCUGAACAAGCACGCAAAGACACACAGCAAGAGCGUUUCUGAUCAAGUGACUGAUCAGCAGAGCGCAGUCUUAACUCGCCCUCUGAGGACCGUACAAGAAGUCGAAAUGGAGCAAAUAAGCAAGACAUCUGAAAACAUAAUGAAAAAUACAGUGGGCGAAGACGGUAUAGGACUUGGUAUGAAUAAUCAUCCAAAGAACAAGAAUCUUCCAUCAAGCUCGACCCCUGGUUAUUCCAGUAAAGUGUGUAACCGUUUCCUAGACUACAGGAAUCCCAUCCCCACCGAGAGCAGCGGAACGUGUUCUUUGUGCAAUAGAGGGCCGUUCAGGUCGUUGAAGCAGCACUGGCGUUACUGCACCGGUGAAAAGCUGAGCUAUCCAUGUUGCAUAUGCAAGAAGAUCCUUCCUUCUAAGGAAGAUCUACGAGUGCACCACAUGCCGUUGCAUUUGUGUCACAGCUGUGGUCAAGUUUUCCCCAGCCAGGCUGCUUACUCCCGCCACCAGUGUCGCAAUGCAGGCAAGUCAACGUUGGUGCUUUUUUGCGCCGAGUCGAUGCCAAAAUUGUGCAACAUAUGCAAGUCCUAUUUCAUCUCGGAAAAGACGUUGUCCAUCCACGUCACCAAAGUUCACACGUCGGUAUUCAACACCAAAGUAUGCAAUGCUACAGAUCCGUCGCUGUCGUCAAGUAAAAAGGAAGAAGCAAGUGUUGAUGGCAUGGACGUCCAGCCAGGAACCGCACCCUCGAGUGUACCAAAGCAGGCUGUUAAAAGGGGUGUUCAUGUGGACAAAAGACGAGAAGCAUCUCUGCCCAAUGUUAUGCGAUCAGAUCUGUCCUCUCUCUUAGCUGCUUCACUCGUGAGCUUGCCUCCUGCACCAGUGCCCACCUCCUCAAUUGUUCACCAUCUUGCAGACCAGAUUUUUGCUCCUUCUCCUGCCCUCACCUCUGGCCUGCUGCCAAUCAGCAUGGAUUCUGAGCACGACUACUCAACAGGCACCGCCCUGUUUGAGAGCAACAACCAACAGCCGCCUAUAAAGAAGAACGUGAAAUCAAGCUGGCGCUCCAGGACCCCUCACCCCUGCAGGCAGUGCGGAGCCAUACUCCGGCAGCCAUCUUCUAUCAUCAGCCAUCGCUACCUCCACCGAGGCCGGCGCUUGCACCGGUGUCAGUGUGGGCGGGCUUUUAAGCACCGCCUGCACCUGCUGCGACACUGCAUUGAGCACGCAGAGGCCUCGAACUACAUCUGCGCCACCUGUGGGGAGACUUUCAUUGGAGCAAAACUCCUGGCGCAGCACGUAAUGGGAAACCUGCGGAAAAAGUCCCGUUCUGGAAGCGUAGUAAAAUCUACAAAGAACAAAUGCAGAAUGCCCUUUUUAUGUGACUGCGGGCAACUGUUUCUAAGACCGUCUGCUUACAUAUGGCACCAACUUCAAAACUGGACAAAAAACGGUUGAAUUGGUUCAAGACAUUUUUU